AUGGGGAGACUGAAUGUUGAUAUUGAUGAUGUUGUCUUAGAAAAAGCUCUGAAAAAUGCAAAGUAUACCUCGCCGACUAUUCAAAAAGAGAUUUUGCAUAUUCUUGCGAAUAAAAUGAGGAAAAAGAUUUGUGAACAAGUUAGAGAUGCAAAGUUUUGUAUUUUGGUUGACGAAGCCAAAGAUGCAUCAAAUAAAGAACAAAUGGCUAUUGUUUUGAGAUUUGUUGACAUUCAGGGUUUUGUCAAGGGUAUGAUGGUGCUAGCAAUAUGCGUGGCGCAUGGAAUGGACUACAAGCUCUAUUUCUCAGAGAUUGUCCUUAUGCAUAUUAUGUACAUUGCUUUGCUCAUCGACUACAACUGGGAUAAGUUGCAGCAGCUGAAAAUGAGAUUUCUAUUUGCUAUUGGAGAACGUGAGACUGGUAGAGGGGCUAAUCAAAUUGGUAAUUUACAUCGAAGUGGAACUACUCACUGGAGCUCUCAUUUUGAUUCUAUUUGCAGCUUAAUAGAUAUGUAUGGUGCAACUAUUACUGUGCUUGAAAGUAUGGUUCAAGAAGGAUCUUCUAAUUCUAUACAUGGAGAAGUUGGUGGUUGUUUGAUUGUGAUGAAAUCUUUUGAAUUUAUAUUCAUCUUAUAUUUGAUGCAUAAAAUAAUGGGGAUUACUGAUUUACUUUGUCGAGCUUUGAAGCAAAAAUCUCUUGACAUCUUAAAUGUAAUGGAUCUUGUAUCAACUACUAAAGCAUUGCUUCAAACUUUGAGAGAUGCCGGAUUUGAUCUUCUCCUUGCAAAUGUGCAAUUUGUUUGCACAAAAUAUGAGAUUGAGAUACCACAUAUGAAUGCUUCGUAUAAAAAGGCUACAGUUGAUGCUAUUUACAAGCUUGCUGAGAAAUUUUAUCCUGAAGAUUUCAAUGAACAAGAGAUGUAUUAUUUGAGAUCUCAGCUAAAGCAUUAUCAGAUUGAUGUGAUUCAUCAUGAGAGCUUUCAGAAUAUGUCUACCAUUUCUGAAUUAUGUCGAGGAUUAGCUGAAACAAAUAAGUCGCAGCACUAUCAUUUGAUUGACAGGUUGAUUCGUCUUGUUUUGACUUUGCCUGUUUCCACUGCCACUACAGAGAGGGCAUUUUCAGCUAUGAAACAUGUUAAAACUGUGCUUCGCAAUAAAAUGGAAGAGGAGUUCUUAGCAGAUUCUAUGAUGAUUUACAUUGAACGAGAGCUUGUUGAAGAUAUUAAAUUUGAAUUCGAUCAUAGAUGA